GCUGCAUUUCUUCCCUUUUCCCCUCCUUCCUACCUUCUCCUUAUAUUUUUUGAAGCUUUUGGUCUGUCUUUCUUCCUUUUAUAUUUCAUUUUUAUUAUCGUUGUUAUUAAAGCCAUGAUGUCCACUGUUCCGGCCAAUGUUUCCCCUGAGCCCAUGCUCAGCAACGACCUAUUUCCGGCUUUCGAAAGUGGCUUCACGCCGUGGGAUUGCUCGGAACUUUUUUCCACGACCCUGUCAACAGGACCCGCGAGAUCGGGCUCCGGUUCCGAUGAGCCGAAUCAAAAUCAAACCAAUUCGAACUCCGGUUCGGAUGAACCAAACCAACUGGUUUCCAUUAUCGACGAACGGAAGAGAAGGCGCAUGAUAUCGAACCGGGAAUCAGCCAGGAGGUCACGGAUGCGUAAACAGAAGCAUUUAGAAAACUUAAGGAACCAGGUGAACCGGCUUAGAAUCGAGAACCGCGAACUGACCAACCGUUUGAGGUUCGUCUUGUACCACUGUCACCGUGUAAGGACAGACAACGAUCGGCUCCGGUCCGAAUAUAGUAUGCUCCAACAAAAAUUUUGGGACAUUCGCCAAAUUUUGCUAUUCAAGCAACUGCAGCAGUUUUCAUCUGCAUGGCCAUGCAAUAACGUUACUGCCAUGUCCGAACAAACCCCACCAUUAAUCACUUAAAUAUACUACAUAUAUAUUUAACUUACAAUAAUGGCAUCAUUAAAAUUCUCUAAUACGAGAACAAAUUUAGUCCCUAGUUAGCUCUCUAUUUCUCUUUCUCUCAUCUCUUUCUGUAAAUUAAACAAGGUGUCAGAGAAAGAAAAAUGGUGGGGUUUUUUGCUUUUCGGGUGAGUCCAUAUUUUUGCAAACAGGAUGAAAAGGAAAUGGUUGUUUUGAGAAACCAGAGCAUUGUAGUGUAAAAAGAGUUAGUCAUCAGUGUUUGGUUUUUUGUCAAAGUAUUUUUGUUGUUUUCUUCUUGUUGUUUAAUUGGCAUUGAAAAGUUGUCAA